AUGUGGCAUCGACCCAAGGCGAAAUCCCCUCUCCCAAACUCGCCGGCCAACGAGGCAUUUGGACCUCUUCCCGCCAAGCUGAAUCAUGACACCUCAACAACGGCUGAUUCGCCAGCCAUGCUUGCUGUGCCGAAUCGCACCCUUCCCGGGACUCGGCUCGUGCGUAGCCAUCACCUAACCUCUCUCGCUCGUGGAAACGUCACGGCAUGCUCUCCGGCCAGCACCGGAGCGGAAAGCCGUAGGGUGAGCACGAGCAACGCCAGCCGAGCCGACAUUCGACGGAAAGUCUCACGAGUACCCGCGCCAGGCCUGCCGCCGCCGAUGCAAUGCUCCAUCAAUCCUCGUCAUCGCUUCCGUCCACCAUCACGGGCGGGCUGCCAAGCCCCUUGUCCUCCCAGUGCCGGGCCGCGAAGUCACCAAACCCGCCUCCAACGAUUGAUGGUCUACGGCAGCGCUGCAUCUCCCCACGUCGAGCAGCACGACCGUUUUGUCGGGGUUGAUGACAAAGUUGUACCGACUGCCGUCCCCGCGAAUCAUUCCCGGCCGGCCAAGACUCUUCGCGCAGCGGUGCGGACGUUCCGCAAGAGACGUUGGUCUUUGGAGAUCCACGAGUAUGCAAUCAUCGGCAACUUGUCAAACGACCAGCACUUCGUACGGUGUGCAAAGUCUUGCGACACGUUGGACGCCCGACCUUUCUCGGAUGCCGCAUUCCGUUUCACCCCAGAAAACACCAUGAGGAAAUGUACUUGCACGUCGUGUCGGGAGGAGCCUGCCGUUGAGGUUGCCGAUGACGCCAACAUCGCCAUGCCUCCUCUCUUCGCCCAAGGCAGCGAGCUGCAGGCCUUGGACGAUGGCCAGAAGCAACCGAUGGCGGAGGUGAAAAUGGAUGAAACGACCGCCCUCGCAUGCAUCCUGCUCGAGUACGGAGUACAUGUACGUGCAAUCGCAUUGAAGCCGCGAGUGACGGAAGCUUCGUCGCGUCGGCCGAACAAGGGACACAAGUAUUCGGCCGCAGCCAUUUCUCCGCAUGGUUCGGCGGAACCUCCAGGCGUUCAUGCACCCGAGCCUACAGGCGCUGAGGCACUUGAACUUACAGGUGCUCAGUCACCCGAACCUACAGGCGCUCAGGCACCCGAACCUACAGGCGCUCAGGCAUCCGAACCUACAGGCGCUCAGGCACCAGAACCAACAAGUACAGGCGCUCAGGAACCCGAGCCUACAGGCGCGCAGGUACCCGAGAAUAUAGGCCCAGGUACCCGGUCCUACAGGCGUACAGGCACCCUUGCGGGAGGCAGGAGGGCAUUGUUGGAAGCCAUCACUGCAGGAAUAAACGCCUACCUCAGCCGCGUGGUGCUCGCCGCCAGCACCGAUCGACAGCAUUCCCAUCUUCCCCCUUGGCCCUCCUAUUGCGGUGCAGGCGGCUGCCUGUUUUCCAGCACGGCACAUGCAAGACGAACAAGUGCAGCGUGCCCGCAUUGA